AUGGUCAAGGCGUUUCCUCGGACGUCCUCCAUCGUGCUGUGGUUCUCACUCAUCCUCUUUGUUUAUUGGACGACCUCGGCUGCUGAGUCACAUGACCCUUCACCUGCUGACCUCUCAGCCCUUCGCAGGCUCAAAAGAGAGCUGGAUUCAACCACCAAAGAACGGGUCCAGAGUGGGUUCCAGGUGGGCGUAAACUUCCUGACCACGGUCACAGACGUGACGAAUCAAAUCCAACCUAAGAAGCUGGCGUCGGUGUUCAAGGGCCUGGCCAACUUAGCCAGUUUGGCACCUGGUAUUGGAAGUCUGGUCAUCUCAUUUGUCAACGUGGUUUUGGCCUUUGUCCCUCAGGAGGACGAGCUGAGCAACGGCUUCGAUGAGGUCAACCGGAGGCUGGACUUGCUAGCCUUCCAGAUAUCCGACCUGGCCAAAGAAGUGGAGUGGUCCAAUUUCGCCAGCGUCUACUCUCAAGAUGAGACUCCUAUCCUGAACGCCUGGAGGAAGUUAGAUGAGCUUCAGAAGAACCUCAAGCUGGUGAAGAGUGAAGAGGAGAAGCUGAGGCUGGCCGAGAUCUUUGUCAACUUCUAUGAGAACUCAGAGACUGAGAGCAGCGUGGCCAACAUCUACCACUACCUGACAGUCACCGGCACGUCUCUGAGCAAGAACAUCAACAGCCUGUUGAAGGACAAGUUCAAGUGCAGCAUCAGUGAGAUAGGCCGCUUUAACCUGUACCUGAGCAGUCUGCUGUGGAAGGGCAUGUUCCUCAACCAGCUCUACUGGAAACUCAUCGGAUUCAGCUCAUCACAUAAACAGGACGAACAUAACAGCAUGUUCAAGAACGUCUUCAAAGCUCAGAACGAUACUUUGCAGUACUGUCUGGACAAAUUUGACGAGUACUUGGUUAAAGACGUGGAGGUGUUCACCAAAAAAUUCACCAAAUACCAAAAAGAGGAGAUCGCUGCCGACGUCCGAAAGAAUCUGGAUGAGAAGUACUUCUGGUACAACUGGACAGUGAUGGUGUACGAUAAGUACUAUGAGGCCAACUACAAUCUGGUCUAUAUGUGGCGUGUACCUGUGGGGGACCUGGUGGUGGCGGUGGGAUACACCCACAAGGAAGAGGAUAGAGAUGACGCAGAUGUUGGGCCUGCUAUUCAGAGAUGCUUUGCUAAUACCCAGUGUAGGGACUUUAAAGAGAAGUACCUGGACUGUCACAUUACGGUGCUCCCUGAAGAUGAUCCUAACAUUGAAGUGGAUUAUAGAAACUUGACAGACUAUACCAGAUUUUUGAAUUAUGUUGAGGAUCAUUAUCCCCCCCAAGUGAUCUCGACACCACCUGUUUUCAAAAAGGUGGUGUGCCUUAACCCUGUUAUGAGGCACGCGGUGAACUUCUACCUGUCCAGACGGCUGCCGGUUUGUUCCUCACCUGACUACUGUCAGCAUGGAGGCGUGUGCAGGCGGCUGCUGGACUCCAAUGAACACCUAUGUGACUGUCCUGACGGUUACUAUGGAAACAGAUGUGAGAACAGCACCAGCACCUUCCAAAACGUUGACAUCGGUUUCCUGGUGCCAGACAUAACCACCCUCAACACCAAACUGGACCAGAUACAGGACAAGCUGGACCGGAUCAUGAGGACAUGUGGAAGCACCGUCAGUGGGAACGUUAGCAUUGGCAGUGGAGGCUACAUUUCUGCCGUCGCCGCUGCUCCAAACCUCUGUUGCAGUAGAUCUGCCAGCGUCCGUCCUCCCACCGAUGUGGACAAGUUCUGGGUGCAGACCCUGGACACCUGUCUGCUGGACUACCUGUCCACCGUACGCUCCCUAGAGGACGCCAACGCCGAGCUGGAGCUGAAGAUCAGGCAGUGGGUGGAGAGCAGCGGAGACUCCACCUCCAGAGACUACAGCACCUGCUUCCAAACCAUGUCCAUCAUCAGGUCCAAGAUCCAGACCGUCGUCCAGGUGUACAGAUCCAUGGGCGACACCCACAUGGCUGAUGAACACCUGAAGAACAAGAAUGAGAAGGAGCCGGCACCGAACUGA